AGGACACUUACCUGCAGUUUUAUUAACGUCAUCCUUGAGGUCAACAUUAUGGCCUGGCGAAACCAAGGAAUCACAGGCUCCAACAACAUCCCUCUGGGCCGCCGUCGCCUCGCCGGCGACGAACCCCAUGAAGAUGAAAGCCGCACUGCGACUCCCUCAUCGGACAACGGGUUCAAGCGCGGCCGGAGCCCCAUCCGAGCGGAACCCGCGAGUGAUGGCGUCAAGCGCCGCAAGAAGCGCAACCGUUGGGGUGAUGCCCAGGAGAACAAGGCUGCUGGUCUGAUGGGCUUGCCUACCAUGAUCAUGGCCAACUUCACUAGCGAGCAGCUCGAGGCGUAUACUCUUCACUUGCGUAUUGAGGAGAUUAGCCAGAAGCUUCGCAUCAACGAUGUGGUUCCUGCGGAUGGAGACAGAUCGCCCUCUCCCCCCCCGCAGUACGACAACUUUGGUAGACGUGUAAAUACUAGGGAAUAUCGUUAUCGGAAGCGUCUCGAAGACGAGCGCCACAAGCUGGUCGAAAAGGCGAUGAAGACCAUUCCUAACUACCACCCGCCUUCUGACUACAGACGUCCCACCAAGACCCAGGAGAAGGUCUAUGUUCCAGUGAAUGACUAUCCAGAGAUUAACUUCAUUGGCUUACUCAUAGGACCCCGUGGUAACACCCUCAAGAAGAUGGAGACCGAGUCGGGGGCCAAGAUUGCCAUCCGUGGAAAGGGCUCCGUCAAGGAAGGAAAGGGUCGAUCUGACGCCGCUCACGCUAGUAACCAGGAAGAAGAUCUCCACUGUCUGAUCAUGGCAGACACGGAAGAAAAGGUUAACAAGGCUAAGAAGUUGGUGCACAACGUUAUUGAGACUGCCGCUUCUAUCCCCGAAGGCCAGAACGAGCUCAAGAGGAACCAACUCCGUGAGCUGGCUGCCCUGAACGGUACUCUCCGUGACGAUGAGAACCAGGCUUGCCAGAACUGCGGCCAAAUCGGUCAUCGCAAGUAUGACUGCCCUGAGCAGCGCAACUUCACCGCCAACAUCAUCUGUCGUGUCUGUGGCAACGCCGGGCACAUGGCUCGCGAUUGUCCCGAUCGCCAGAGAGGCUCCGAUUGGCGCAACGGCGGUGGCGAUGGUGGCCGCAGGGCUAUUGGCAGCGGCGAUGCCGUCGACCGGGAAAUGGAGCAACUCAUGCAAGAACUGUCUGGUGGUGCCCCCGGCGAAGACGGCCAGCCCAUGCGCCGCAUCGAAGCCGGUCCCGAAGGCGAGUACGACGACCGCGACGCGAAGCCCUGGCAGCGUGGCCCGCCGGCCAGCGACGUGGCUCCCUGGCAGCAGCGCCGCGACACCCGCCGCGACGACUACGGCUCCCGCGAUCAGGGCGGCGCCGCUCCUUGGGCUGCUCAGAGCCGCGGUGGCGAUCAUGGCUACGGUGGAUACGGUGGCUACGGCGGUGCUCCGGGCGCUGCUCCGGGCGCUGCCCCGUGGCAGCAGCAGGCGGCCCCUCCGCCGCCGGGUGGACCGGCUGCGUACGGAUACGGUGCUUACCCCGGAUAUCCCUCAAUGGCAGCGAUGGGUGCUCCCCCGGGCGCUCCCCCCGGCCCUCCCCCUGGUGCGCCUCCGGGCCUAAGCGGAGUGCCUCCGCCGCCGCCGCCGCCGCCGGGCAUGCCGUCCAUGUACUAUGGCUCAGGCAGUCCUCCGCCGCCACCUCCCGGCGAUGGUCCUCCCCCUCCGCCGCCCAGCGACAACCCCCCGCCGCCUCCUCCCCCUGCUUGAACAGCCAAUCGCUAGGAUUUGGUUGUCUUUUUUCUUUUUAUAUUUGCUACUUACUACUACUCGCAAUAUGGUCUGUGGUAUCUCAGGACCGAAAGAGACGAAAAAGGGGAAGAAGCGCAGGGUUGAUAAUUGUUUACGGGAUCGUUUUGAAUCUCGAUAGCCCAUGAAUUGUAAUUUUUGUAUCCAAAUUGAGGCUUUCUGGCCUGGUUAGUGUGUUGAUUAAUAG